UACAGUGUUAACAUGCUCUACAGUAUAGUUUUUGUUUUCCUGUUGAGAGUGGUAAACAGUCUUGGAGAAUCACUUCUUCAAAAUGGAGAUUUUUCAGCAGGAAUUGCUCCGUGGAAAUGUAAUAAUUGUGACGGAGAAGUGAUCAAUGGAGAACUAUCAAUCACAAAACGUAAAGCCGACUGGUCAGGUCCAUAUCAAAUAUUGGAUGCAAGACAAAUUGAUCAACUUGGUGGAUUCUUGAACCUAAAUAUCAGUGUCAAUCCAUCUCAAGACAUUACGGUUUCUGUUUCACUUAUCUAUACCAAGGGUGGCGAGACAUUUUAUCCUCCUGACAUGUUUAGAGUUAUUGCUCAGGGUGGAGAAUGGAGCAAACACACAGAACAUUACUCUAUUCCAGAAACAGUCUUAGGAGCAGAUACAAUAAAGUUAGCUGUUAGUGCUGAUCCUGUAGCAGACUUUUUAAUUGACAAUGUGUUUCUGGAAGAACAAGUGAUUGACUCAAACUGGAAGAAAGAGGCAAAUGCAAGAAUUGAUACUCUGCGGAAAAGGAAUGUGAAAGUAACGAUUGCUGGCGAUCCAAUUGAAGAUCUCCUCAUGGAAGUUCGUCAACUUACCCAUUUAUUUCCCUUCGGAACAGCCGUAGUUGUUGAUGAGCUGAGCUCAUGUCAAGAACAUUCUGAGGACUCUGCGUACUGCAAGUUUACUGCUGAGAACUUUAACUGGGUUGUAGCGAACUAUAAGUUCAAGUGGAGGUAUAUGGAGAAGAAUCAGGGAGUAUGGUUAACUGAAAGUCAAGAUAAAAUGAUGGAUUGGACAGCAAGAAAUAAUAUUUCUGUGAGAGGACAUUGCUUACUCUGGGCUAAGGUAAUUACUGAAAAGAAUAACAAUAUAUCCAACCAGGUUUUGUUGCUACUUGUCAUACAUUGUAAUACAUAA